AUGUCGCGGCUGAUUGAGUUCUAUUAUGAUGUUGCUUGUCCCUUCUCCUACCUCUCUUCUUAUGCUAUUCGGCCAUUGCUAAGAAAUAAGGAGGUAAAAGUACUAUGGAAGCCGAUUACUAUUGCCCUACGUGAGGCCAAGGGGAGUCCUAAUAUUCACAUGUUGAUAGACCUUCAAAUAACAGCAAAAAGGCUGCAAAUACCAGCUCAUUUGGAAGCUAAGAACAACAAUCUCGAGCGCAGCCACAACGCUCAAAGAUUAUUAGCAUCAAUUGAUGACAAUACCAUCAGGCAACAGUUGUCUGUAGCUUUAUAUCAACAGUACUGGGAGAGGAAUUCUGAUAUUCUAGAAAGCGAAUCAUUAGAGUCUGUGGUAAAAGAGCUUGGGCUAUCAGUGAAUGUUAAGGAGCAAAUAGACAAAGGGGAAAGCCAAUUACAGUCGUUCAACGAGGAAGCAUCUGAAAGAGGUGUAUAUCGAUUGCCCAGGCACGUAAUUCCGUCAAUAUGUUUCUACGUCUCGGGAAAGCUAUUUCGUGGAGUUGAUAGAUUACAUUUUGUGGAAAGAGCCAUUGGCAACAAAUCUGCAAGAGAGUUGAGAUUAGCAACACCGGAUUCUGCUGCCGCUAGUCGUGAUGCUAAGUUGACAUUUUAUUUUGAUUUUAGCAGUUACUGGAGCUAUAUAGCAUCUAUUCGCCUACCCAACUUUGUGAAAGAGCUGAGUCCUAUUAACGUAGAAGUUGAGUAUGUGCCUGUUGUUAUUGGAGGAAUCUUCAAAACUCUAGGAAACCCGAUCGUACCAAUACAAGCAAUAAAGCCUGCCAUAGUGAAAGCAACCAUGGCCGAUAUAUAUGAUCAUCUAGAUUAUCUAGGAAAUGGCAGCUUUAAAUUUAAUGCUAGCUUUCCCAUGCCAACAAUCACGCCAUUACGUGCGACAAUUGUUAACAACAGCUCCGAGCUUCGCAGUAGAAUAUUUAAAGCUGCCUGGGAAGAAAAUCGGAACAUUGGUGAUGAUAAAGUUGUAGCCGAAAUAAUUGAAGAGAGUGGCUUAAGUUCUUCAAAAAUUUUAACAGAAGUUAAAAGUGACCAAGUCAGAAACCAACUAAGGCACAAUACCACCAGGGCUCUCGAAAAUGGAGCAUUCGGUGUUCCCACCUUCCAACUUAACGACGGACCUAUAAUCUUUGGGCAGGAUCGAUUGAACGUCUUAGCGGAUAUGAUAUGUGGCUGGAAUUAUAGUUAA